CUCUUUGGCCCCUUGUUGUCAACUAUUUUUUUUUUCGUGUGCGUGUGUGUGUGUGUUUAAACAUCUAUUAACAAAAUGUCGUUCUUUGGUGGUGGAAAUAUGCAAGCUCAGCAACAAACAAUCAACCCUCAAAAUAUUGCCAUGGCCGAGCAAGAACUUGAGAUGGUGACUGAUUUGUUCAACAGAAUUGCAGACUCUUGUCAUAAAAAGUGUAUCUCCAAGGAAUAUGUGCAAGCCGAUUUAAGUCAAGGUGAAGCUGUUUGUAUCGAUCGUUGUGUUGCCAAAUUCUUGGAUGUCAAUUCCAAGGUUGGAGAAAAGAUGCAGAAAAUGGGCCAAUAAAUAGAUUUUCUUUUAUAUAUAAAUACAUGACACACACACCGGGGAGACCGUUACGUUGGGUCAUUUUUUUGUUGGGUUGAAAAAUAAAGGGGGGUAAGCGAGGAGGGGGAGGGGGUGCCUUAAUGAAAAAAGACCGAAAAGCACGAGCUGUAAUGGGAAGGGAAACGGCCUACGCAUGGACUGUUGCGGGUGUAAUUGCCUCGUCUCCCCCGAUGCCUGAA